AGAGGUAGGCUAUUAAAGAUAAUGAUGUCGAUGAUGGUGUGAAACUGUCGUCACUUAUGUGCUCCGCUUUUUUUUAUUAAGCUUAACACACACACACCUCUUUAUAUACAGACAUAUAUAUUUGCUUAGCUUUCGUUCUACUUGGCAGUGUUGUGGAUAUUACACACUACGUCCCUUCGUCGAUGGCAGUUGGUCUUCUGAGCUUGUUUAAAGCAGUCAACAUGCUGGGGAAGACUAAAAGAACCAUUGUUGCUGUGAAAGAGUAUGGGCCAGAGACGCAGUAAAUGUGCACCAGAUCGUUUGCAAAAUUCUUCAUCAGAUAGUGACCUUGAUACUGACACAGGUGCUUCAAGCAGUUCUCGGAAACAAUCGAAAUCCUCUCUUCCUUCCCCAACUGAUAAAAAGAUGUCUUUCUUCCGGAAGCAAAGUGAUGAAGCAAAGCGGCGGUUCGAAUAUCAGAUGCAUUUAGCAGAAGAUAAUCCAGAACCUAUCUUUGAUAUUUCCAACAGUCAAAUUAGUGAGAUCCCUUCCAAUGUGUUCUCUCUCUGUAAAGUCCUGAACAAAGAGAUUUUGUUGCUUCAUGAUAAUUGGUUAACGUCUCUAAAAGCUGGUGAUUGUGGAAUGAGUGAUUUGGUAAAAAUUCGGGUACUUGAUGCACACAAUAAUUCUAUCAAACAUCUACCAGAAAAUAUUGACCAGGUCCGCAGCUUACAGGUUUUAAAUUUAGAAGGCAACAAGUUGAAGAAAAUCCCAGAGUCCAUUGGAAAUUUAAAGUUUUUACAGUCUUUAAAUCUCAAAGGAAAUAAAUUAAAAGAAAUCCCCACCAGUCUAUGCAAUUUAUCGUCCCUCCGAACUCUUGACCUCUCCAACAACCAAUUAACUAAUCUGCCAACUGAAUUGUGGAAAUUGCGUGCUUUAGAGAACUUGCUUGUGGAUGCCGCAAAUAUGGUCCAUCCACCUGCAGAGGUUUGUUCCCAAGGUACUGAAGCAAUUAUGAAAUUCCUUUGCUCAGAAUCUGGAGAAGAAUACAUACCUCCAUCACAGUUUCUACUCCAAGUGUUGGAUUCCUCAGAAAAGAAACACCAAAUGUCCAGUACAUUUAGUGACCAUUCUGUAAAACUUUUACAAGAAGAUGCAUUGAUGAUGCAAGAUAUUGAGAAAUAUGCUAACUUACAGGAAAAGAAACGUCAAGAACGAAUGGCAUUUAAUCGCCAGUAUGAGGAGGACGAGAAGAAAUAUGCCAAGAUGGCAGCUUCAGCACUAAAAGAGAAAGACCAUUUAGUAUCAACUAUUGCACAAGAACAGAUCAAACUUAAUGAAGACCUGGCAGAACUCAGCAACAAAAAGGAACUUGACCGGCAGAAUUUGGUCACAUGUCUAGAGGACAUUGAAGAGAGGACCAACAGGUUACUCAAUAACCUCAUGCAAAUGAAUGAAAAAGCCAGAAAACAAGAGGAAUUAAUGGAAGCCAUUGAGAAAGAGAAGGAUGAACAAGACCAAUAUUACAUUGUGAGGUAUGAAGAAAUAGCCAAUUUACGGAGAAAAGAAGUGCUGAACCGCAUGGAAGAAAUAUUGAAUAGUUCUGCCUUCUUGGAGACUUGUCGAAGGAAACACGAUGCUGAUAAGAAACAUGCUGCCAGAAAUGCACUAGAAAAAGAGAUGAAUUCCACUGUGUUGAAUGAUAUCUUGCAAUCAAAGUCGGCAGAACAGGAUGAAAUGUUCAAAGUUCUUACUCAGCAGGAAGAACUCCAGAAAGCAGCUUUUGAAGCUCUGCUUAUGCAAAAAGACUCGCGUCAUAGUCGAGUUUCCUCGCAGAUUUCUCUGAUUGAGAAAGAAUUGGCUCAGUUGACGGCAAUUGAAAUUGAGAGGAAAGAAUUACGAAUAGACAUGGAAAAGAAUAUUCUGGCUGACAAGAGGAUAGCUCUAACUGGUAUGUUAAUGCAGCUCAUUGCUGAGCGAGACAAGCGAGAGGAACAACUGAAGAUGAGGCUUAUUGAAAUGGAAGAGCAACGGCUGCAAGACCAAACGGAUUAUUGGUUGGUGCAGUACCAACGCUUGAUGGACCGUAAACCACAAGCACUAAUUGACCAAGAAUGGUUGCUAGAAAUUCCUGUGCUUAAGAUUCUAGAACAAGCGGGUGCUCAGGAUUACAUACCAUUGUUUUCACGCCAUCGUAUCACUUCUGAGACUCUUUGCAAUAUGACAGAAGAUGAUCUGAAACAGAUGGGUGUUCAUGAAUUGGGUGUACGGCGUGCUAUCAUGGUACGUCUGCAGGAACACCAAUCAACAAAAAAAGUCGACAUGCUUCCACCAGACGUUUGCACGGGUGAAGCAGUACGACCUCUGCCCAGUGCUCCUGCUAUCGAGCCAUCAUCAUCUGUAGAGAACCCGACAUCUAGUACCCAACCAAUUGUUACAGCUCGUGGACUCUAUUCAGAAUGUUCUAUAUGUCUUGACCGAACAACUAACAUCAUUUUCCUCAACUGCGGCCAUGUUUGUUGUUGUACCGAAUGUGCCGUUGAUCUAGAGGUCUGUCCUCUCUGCCGAUCACACAUUUUACAGAAAAUCCAAGUACAGCAACAGAGCUGAUCACUGCCAAUUUUCUUGUUAAUCAUCAUCCAAAACAUUAUAUCAUAUCCAGCCCCAUUUCAGCUACUGUACAAAUAUGGCUAAAUUGGGAAUAUAACCUUUCUUGAUAUUGCACUCGCUUCUGCUUUACUGAAAAGUUAUUGCUGCUAGCCAUCUUAUAUUCUUCAUAAUCCUAGUAACUGUCAUGUUUUGACAUUUCUUCCAAAUUACUUUUGCCAUAAUUCCAUUAUAUAUAUAAAAAUAUAUUAUGUGUAUUUAUAUCUUAUUCAGUUAAUGGGAACUUUUUUUAAAAAUUAAAUUAAAUAUUAGAAUUUCAAAUACAAAAUCUGAAAAAUACUCGUUCUACCAAAAGUUUGAACCUGGCUGGAAUUUCCUUCCAUGUUUAAAUAUGACUUUGGUCACAUUAUUAAACCAAUUGUUAUAAAUAGCUGCCAGAACUUGAAAUAGCUGCAGUAUGACAAUUGGAAAGAAUGCAACAUUGGUACACUGGUGUUUAUUUUUUUGCAUGUGUUAUGUGCCUUUUUUCCAGCUGUUUGUUUACAUUUUUAUCCACUACAUUGUAUUUCACAUAUAUCUUCUACGAACUUGCUUUGAUAACUUUCAAAAACAACAAUAUUGAGAAAUCAAAUAAUCUGUGAUAAUUCAUUUUGAAAUACAACUUUCCAGAAAAUUUUUCUAAUAAAUGCAGCAAAUAUAUCAAACAGUUAGUUGAAAUGUAAUUAAAUAACUCAAACUAAAUAAAAAAAAUGAUUAAUUUAUUAAUUCAUUUAUUCAAAAAGUUGUUCCUUAUGAAAAUGAUGCAUGCUAGUGAGUGCACUAGCAUCUUUUGAAUGAUCAGGUCUCUCUGCCAAUCUUGGCAACCAACAGGGCGAGCAAGUCCAUCAAAUGGCUUCUACUUAUAUAUAAUAUAUGUACACAUACAAUAACUGUUCUCGUUAAAGGCGGUCACAGUUCUCAGCUUCUCUCCUCAAUACUCCUUCAGCUAAUUUACAGUCAGAACAGGCUCUUCUGUAGUAAAAACAUGGUUCCCACAGCAUCAGCAGUUUUUUCAACCAAGAGCCUCCUAUGAAAAAAAA